AGAACUUAGGGCAGCCAGAGCAUUCGUUAGUUAACCGUUGUGACGGCUGAACGUGCAGAUCGCGUGCACCUCGUAAGCUCCGCAUAGAGCUAGUGUACUAAUAAUAUUUCGGGCAUUGAGUUGCAAAUGCCUUGAGUGUAACGGUGAGCAUUUGACUUAAACGGUGUCUUUUGCCGCUUCUUAUUCGUCGCCGAUAUUCGUUAUUGUGCGUUGUGGCCCAUUUUUGUGAGUGAGCCAUUUAAAAGUUUUCCACUUUUCAUCUUUCGAUUAACCGAAUUGAAAUCGAACGUGUGGUGUGUGCGGUGCACUAAAAUUACGACUUUGUGGCGUAUGCAUGAUCGCGUGUGGUUAAAUGCGCCAGUAAUUGCAGCCCAUGGCGAACUAAGUGACCAACUUUAACCCAGAAAAAGUGCAUUGCUGACUGAAAAAAACGCAAAAAAAAAAACAAAAAAAAACAAAAACUUCUCAUAGUCGCGAUCGUCGUGUACGAACAUACAGUGAAAACCCAGCUCGAACUUGAUUUCGGCAAUUCUUCAUUCUGCAUUCUGCAUUUCAUUUUCGUUUUCGGUUUCGUGUUGAACGUCGAGCGUCACCCAGUUGGGUUGGAAACUGUCGGCUGGCUUGUUCGCUUGCCCGCUUGGCUGCUCACUGCUGAUUGCAUUCUAGCUGCUGCAACCGGCUGGUGAUGCUGGCCACAUUUGUUUUCGCAUCGCGCAUGUUGGUGUCGUGCGCUGUCUUGGCCAAUCUGCACAAGUACGAACGUCCGCUGGAUUUCGCUUGCCUGACAAUCGUGUUGGGCGCAGGCGCAUACUACAUUGACGCGCAGCUGCGCGAAUGGUUCUUCAGCGAGAUCACUCGGCUGUGCUAGCGUCCGAACGGACCGCGCAAGCGACGAAAGAAGGGCAUGCAUAAAUGCCAAUCAGUGAGGCAAAAGCAUCAAAAUCUAUUUGCAAUUCUAAUUCAAAUUAAUUCAACUCUGUGUGUGCGGGUUUAUGUUUUGCAUGCAUAAAUGAAUUAUGCAAUGGAGUUUUGAAAAAGUAAUGGCAUUAAAAUGGCUAUCGGCAGCAAAAGUGGAAGUGUUGCAGAAAAAUUGUACAAGAAAAAAACGAAUUGCGAAAAAAGUAUGAAUAGUUGUGGAAAGUGCUGAUUGUAUUCCAAAGUAUUUCAAACAGAACCCAUCAAAGUGCAUGGCAAAGUGUGAACAUAGCUUUAUAAUUCACAUUUCUUACACAAUACAUAUAUGAUAUUUUUGCGAAAAAGUUUAUAAUUUUAUAUCAGAAUUAUCUGAAUUUGUGAAUUAAAUACGAAAAAGUGUGACAAAGGCAUUUUAAAAAUACUAAAAAUUUAUGUGGAUAUUGUGAAAUAAUUUUUACUAUUUUGUGACAUUGAUUCAACUAAAAUAUUCCGUACUUCAAUUCAAGUAAUCCAGAUAAUAUUGGAUUAACUAUAAUUAAGUUUUACAUUCUCUUUGCAGUAAAUAAUAAGUUUUGUACUUCAUAACCCGGAAUUACAAGAAACAACAAAUAAGUGAAACGAAAAGUGAGCCGAGAAAGAAGGCAAAAGCGCGUUAAGAAACUGAAAGUUUACUGUUAUUGAUUGUGAUUUACUUGAAUGCAACAACUCAGUGAAAACUUGCAAGAGCUCUUCCAAUUGAGAUUAUGUGCGCAAAAACAACAAGUAUCCGCCGAUGUAUGACAAAUCAAAGAAAACCUGGAGUCAACGGCUCAAGAUUACGAAAACCACAGAGAGCAGCAACACUACAACAGCGACACCCACAAGCACCUUUACUGAGUCCAGUGCAACGGUGACAGGCCUACAACAAUCAGAGCACAUUGCCACUGCAAUAACUAGACAGACAAUAACAAAAACGAAAACAAAAAUAACACAAGAUUCAGCAUAUAAUGCAAAUCUCUUUGGUCGCCACCAAGUACACGUGCAGCAAUAUCAGACAGUGGCAGCAACAAUGCAUUUACCCACACUGCAACUAAGUGAUUACCACAUUGGCAAUGGUGGUGGCGGCGGUGGUGUCAAUGGCGGUUAUGAGUAUAUACCAAGCUCCCUUUCGCGCUCUAUGAAAUACGCAGAGCCAUGGAUCUAUGGCACCGUACGUGGCAUACCCGCCCGCCCCUCAUACCAUCACUUUAUGCCACAGGCAUCAUCGUCACCCGGCAAUUACAUGCAACCGAUGGCGGUGGUCAUCUGUUCGUGUCCCGAGUACUUGAACGGCACCAAACGCGAUGUGAAGAAGGCGAGCGUAUGUAAAAAGUGUAAAGGUUCACGCCUGCCCUUGACGCCUAUUGGUGGCACUAUGCGUCUCGCGACCGGCGGUAUGUUGGCCACGACAAAAAUGCGUAGUAGUGGGGCUGCCACAGUACGAGUGGUAAGCACUACGAAAAAAGCACGCCCCACCAUACUUGACCCGCAAAAAGAUCCGUAUGAUUUGAUGCGGCGCACGCGUCUGCUGUCACCCGAACCGGGUAGCAGUAACGGCGGUGGGGGUGGACGCGAUGCGGCAGGUAGCACACGAGAUAAGGAUAAACUGCGUGGCCGCGGCAAAAGUGCAAGUCCCGUACGUGGACGCAGCCGUAAAUGUGGUCAGUUGCCAGGAUCGUACCAAAAGCAGAAUGUGUCCUGUGGGGGUAUACGAGAGGAGUCCGAUUGUUGGUUGGUAGAGGACACAGAUACGCUUUUAAAUGCCUCCGGCGCAAUCAGUGGCGAGGUUAAUGCCACGCGGCGUUCCAUAUUACGCUGCAAUGUAAAUCCAUAUGAUCUGAUCUCACACAACCAAUCUUCCAGUAGUGGCACAACAACACCCACAACGCCAACACGCAGUAAAAUAUCCACCCCAACUACUGGCUCUGGCGCCAACUCCGCUUCGCAGAAUGAGUUCAUGCCACCAAAUGACGACUUUAAUGUGGCAGAUGCCGCCCUCACCGAAGAGGCGCCACCAUUUGCCUCCAACCUGGUAGUUGGCGGUUCACGCAUGACUGCCGCCAGCAAUAAUCAAGUAGCGCAAACGUUACGAGCUUCGAAAUCAAAGGCAGAAAACAAAACAACGGUAUUGCGACGUGAGAGUCGCACAGCUGGCGCGCCAAAUACGUGUGUAAACCUCAGCGAGGAAGAUGGUAGCAGCUCAUAUGAUGAAGAAAUACGUGGCAAACGUAACUACCAUAAUGUUCAAGCAAUUGCGGGGCAACGCAUUAGCUUGGGUGGCAAAUCUACAACCAAAUCAUUAAUCAAACAAAGCGAGGAUGGACACAGUUACGAGAACCUUAUAGUCUCGGAAAUGUCGAAAAUGUCCACGAGCAAACAGCAGUCAAAACGGAGAAUAGAUGAAAAACAAGUGAAAUCUCACGACACACCCACGACCCCCGCAUCAGCACAUCCAAGUCGACCGUCACGACUACGCAAAUCUGAAUCGAGUGAAAGCGCCGAAAGCGAAGCCGAACACAACCGAUCUAAGAGUGAAGCUAGCAAAUCGUCUGCUAUCGCUCUAGAUGGAGAUCGUGUUUUGCUAUUGACAGUCACACCAAACCAAAACAUCAAAUCGAUACUGAAACGUCCAACAUCCAGCACCUCGGAGAGCGGUGCCGAAUCGCCAAUAGCCAAGGAUCAGCAACCAGUAUUAACUGCUAGCACUUCUAGUAUUGGCGCAAAGGCAUCGACACCAAGUAAUCAACGCCGCACAGCCGCAGUGACCCCCUCCCCCACAACCAAAUCGCAAUUUUACAUUCCACUUCCACAAACACGAAAGAAAGUGCAGUUUCGAGAAGAAGAGCGCAUCGUACAUGCGCUAGAAUGUGACAUGAUGAGCAAUGACGAGGUCGCCACUGAGUUUGCUGGAAUGCAGGAACUUUCAACCGACAAAGAAGAUGGCAAAGAGUUGGACGAUGUCAGCCAACAGACUCUCAAAGCCACAUCCAAUUACGAGUAUUACAAUCGAAAACGCGAACAACAGCGCUUACAACGUCUGGAAAAUGUUUCCGAAAUCGAAAGAACACAUCCCAACGGACAAGCGGCGCAGUUGUCACUAACGCUGCCAACACAGGACGCCUUGCUAGCGGAAUUGCAACAAUAUUCCGAUUUUGUGACGCAAGUGAUUGCUCAAGCAAGCAAUAGCUACAUUAACAGCAGCAACAAAAGCGCUGAAAAUGCUGUACGCGAUUAUGAUGGCUAUAAUUUUGAUGAGACAGCCAUUGGAAUGCGUGCGGCAGCCUCCGGCAGUGCAACAAACUCAAUGCAUUAUGAGGAUUUAAGUCCCAUAACUGGUGGCGAAGGCAGCGAUGGCCCCACCACAGCUAGCAGUUGCACUAACAAUAAUAAAAACAGCACCAGCGGCAGCCAGCAACAAAGUAGCGACGCCGACGAGAGAACUGUGUCAUUUGGUGGCACGAAAAUGUUGCUUACUCAACAAAAUGCCGGCAGGUCGGCGCAUUCAUCACCAGCAAUAAAGGCAACAACGAUAGCGGCGACAUCAUCGACAUCAUUACCGCCAACAACAAAAGCCACAAACGCUCAAUCACUUGCCGCAGCAACAGUGGAGGCAGCUGCCGCCGUGUCACAUGUCAUUCGCAGUGACAAAAAUGAUGAUUAUGAUGACGAUGCUAACGCUGAUGACGAUGAUGGCGAUGAUGGCCAACUGGACGCCAUCAAUAAAGGCAGCAACAACAGCGACAGCAGCGACGAGGAUGUGUACGAGGAUGCGAACGACGUGGCCAACAUUGCCGACGAUAAGCACUACACCGUGUUGGGCAGCAGCACAGUGGCUUUGACCACAGCGGCGGCAUCCACUGGCGCUGAUGAUGUGCUAAAAGCGGAGCUCGACUUGUCACCUUCGGACUAUUCCUUGCUUUGUUCUCUGCAAUUUUUUUUGGAUGAGAAGACAUCGAAAACUACUUGGACCAGUUUUUUGACUGAAAGGAUAAAAUAUCACGCUCGAAAGAUGUUAAAAGGCGCCGAGGGUACACAAAACAGUGCAACGACGAAAAUAGCCGCCAGAGAAGAUGCCGAUUAUGCUGAGGUCGAAGAUGGGGAGCACAGCAAUAGCAAGAAAAGCGCCAACGAAGUUGAGCAGCCACAAGCGACACAAUUGCGAAAUCCCGUCAGACGUUCACAAAGCGAACGCCACCCACGCGCCACUACACUGCCAAUAAUGCGCACUGACAAUGCCAGUUGCAAGAACAACAACAAUAUCACCAACAACGACUAUCAACUAGAAGACCACACAACAAAUGGUGACCUGCGUUUUGCGGCAGACAUUUGUGCCGGAAGUAGUAACGCGAGCAGAGCGCGCAAGUAUAGCAACAACACUUAUAAAAGCAACAAAACUGAGAGUCACCGCGAAGAGGCCAUUUUGAGUUUUAAAGAUACCAUGGCACUGCGUGGCAAGCUGCACCGCAACGAUAGCCGAGAUUUAUUUGCACGUCCGCGCGAGCCACCACCGCCGCCACCAACACCCACAUCCAGUAUGGCCAGUAGCUGUGAAGCCGAUGCAGCCGUAACAGCUGCUGCACAAACGACCUCGACCGCCACCACAAACGACAGAGCCGGCAAUAACAAGGCCGCAACUACAGCAGCCACAAAAGGCGGCAUGCCAGCCGUUGCCCUAAUGGCGUUGGAGACGUCCACAAUAGCCGGGGAGGCGACACAAAACUGCCAAGCAAACACUUCGACGCUAUCGCUUGGGCCUGCAACAAGCCAGCAGCCGUCGGCCAACAAAGCAAAUAAUGCAGCAGGCGCAGAAAAAAACUCACGAGUCUCCAAAGUCAGCACAAACGGAUUAGAGGUGCAACAGCAGCGACAAGAACAAGAAGCGUGUGCAAAAACUCAAACGCAGCUGGCAUUUGAAAGCCGCACAGAUAGCGCAGAAUGUGGCACGCAACAAAUGCUAAAGCAAAAUAUUCGCGAAACAAAAGCACAGCAACAACAACAAAGACAAAAACAAUGUGUUCCCAACGCCUGGGAGACCAAAGUACGCGCGAUAACAACACCGCGUGGCAGCAGUACCUCCAUUACCGCUAAAACCACGCCACACCAGCGCACGGUCGUACGCGUCGCACCGUUUAACAAAACCAAAACCACUUCGGAAGUUCAUCGUCUCAAAAUAAGUCACACCGACAAUGACGAUGCAUACAGUGCACAACCACACCUUCGGGUAGGCCAAUCACAUCAGUCGCCCACAUCACCCCACUACAGCUUCCAGUAUAAUGGUACAAACGGUUCAACGUUCGACGGCGAAGCGGCUGACCUCACUAUGUCUACUGCACAGAAGAAAACUUCAAUUUUAAUUAACGGUGAUGACUGCUACUCAACGAUGAAUCUAAGUUGCGACGAUACCAACACACCGCUCUAUCAGUCGUCGGUGGUGGUGGCUGACUACAGUGCCAAAACGAUCACAGGGGAUACGACAAAUGAUUUUGCACUUGGCAGCAAUUAUAGCGGACUCAGAGUGACGACCUCAUCAAACACAGUCACCAUCAAUGUCAGUAGUGCUCGCAGUGUCGCAGAGGAAUUGAUAUAUCAGCACAAUAAAAUCAAUACGAUGCUCAGUCAACAAGCUGAAAAUGGCAGUGGAAACAUUGCUACUGCUGGACGAGCUAUCAUACCAAUUAAAGGAUCCACAGAGGUGAACCUUCAACGUUCAGCAUCUUCGACAUCCUCAACAUCGACUAGCUCGAUGACCAGCUUGAGCAGCAGUGGCAGUGGUGGUGGGAGUAGUGGUUCAAUGCCGAAGCGUGGACGCACCUUGAUUAGAUUGGAUUAUGAGCCAGAAAAUUCGACAAAUCCUAAACAACAACAACAGCAAACGGAGUUGUGUUCGAAUAUUGAGAUUUGUGUGAAAACUCCAGAGGACGACGUCAGCAACACGGAUGUUGCCGAACCACUGUCACAUGAAGAGGAGUUAUUGAAGAUAUUGCGUAAUCCGGUUGAGGCUGUGAAAAGAAAUCUAGUGCCACAUAUUUGCGGCCGCAAUGAAACGUCAUCUGCACGUGAUAACGUAAGGAAUAGAAAGAUGAAAAAUGUUGGCAAGCAAGUUGUUGGCGUGAAAGACACUAAAGCCACCACUAACAAAGCAAGUAUGGUGGAUGACAAUCCCGUUGAGAUUAACACACCUAAAGCAAUGACUUCAACUACAACACCAAAUAAAACUUCGUUCAUUACAAAAUUGCUUGAGGAUCCGAUGCUCAGUCAGGUGGCCGAUGGUUUAGAAACCGAAACAGUUGCUGAGCUUAUCGAAAACUCAUUGCGACGCCUGCAGGAGUCACGCAGCACAGUGGAUAUGACUGGUACCAAAGAUAAUGAUGACAUGAAUCGCUUAAUCAAUAUAUCACUGCAGAAAAUCAAGGAAGAACGACAGCAUUCGGGAGUAUCUGCCACGUCAGCAGCGAAUGUGCCUUCCAACGUCAACAAUACCCACCUUACCAUACCCACCAAAGAUGAAGAUGGCAUGUCAAAUCGUGGUAGCAUUAGCUCCGCGAAUAGUUUUGCUUCGGCCAAUAACUACGAAAUGUUUGAUUUUGACGCUAACGAGUCCGAUUGCUAUCAGAGCUGUUCCAGCGAAAUCACAACGCCAGGCGAUGAUGAUAUAAGCUCCGCAAAUACGCGUUCGAAAUUCUACCAGAUGCUUGUGGAUGCCACUCUGGCAGAAAUAGAGAUGUCAACCAAUUUGGAAGAGGACAUAGGCAGUCAUCACUACGAGUCCAUACGCAAUAACGCCGACCCCAUUUACGAAGAAAUUAACGAUGUACCACCACCCUUGCCGUUAAGCGCACCGCCUAUCAGCGAUACCGAUUUGGAGAAAAAGGCUGCACGUUCCAUCUUCGAAGGUGCCUCAAAAUAUGAUAUACUCUCUUAUCUUGUAGAUGCAAAAGAGCGCGGUGUGGUGCGCGAAGAAACUUUCGAUUAUCCGCUGAGUUGUUCUAAUCCCAUCAUCAUAGAGGAAGAAGCCGGUGACACACUCAGCGAACUCGGUAAACGUCAAACAAUGCGCGAUCUCAGUUCACGUGCUUCUGUCUUGAGCGAUUCGAGCGAAGAUGCACAAAGUAUGAUGAGUUCACUCUCACCGCCAACCAAUAACUUCAUUUGCGGUAACGGCAGCCAUGCAAGUCUUUUGCAACGCAACAAAGGUGCCUCCAGCGAUAUUGAACGCAACGAUUCUGGCGUCGGCUCAGAGACUAGCAAAAGCUCGCGAAGCAAAUAUCAAAACCCUCUGCCCACAGUCAGUGCGCAGCUUUCCAAAGACUGUCCCAUACAUCUGUGUGAAGACUGCGACGGUCCUGUCGAGACGCAAGUCAGCGACUCAGGCAUUAUGUUCGCGCCACUAGUGUGUCGUAAAUGUGGCAAAAAGCGUAUGGAACGCAAAGAAAUCAUAACCGAAAUUGUCGAGACUGAGGAGAAGUAUGGACGUGAUUUACAGAUUAUAUUAGAAGAGUUUUGUCACCCCAUGCUGGUCGCCGGUCUACUAACACAGGAGCAGCUCUCUGCAAUCUUCUUGAAUACCGAAGAAUUGCUCGAGAACAAUCAAACACUGGCGGAGCGUAUGCGCGACGCACUCGACAUUGCUCUCGAGCAAGGUGAUGACGAUCUGCUGACGGUGAACAUCGGUAAGAUAUUCCUCGACUUCACGCAGAUGUUGCACGCCUUCGAGAGCUACUGUGUGCGACAGGCGGGCGCCAGUUUGCUGCUGGCCAAUCUCGAAAAGGAAAAGGAGCUACUCCGCAUAUUCCUUAAGGUCUCCCAAAUGGAGAACGCCGUCUUACGUCGCAUGAAUCUCAAUUCGUUCCUCAUGGUGCCCGUACAACGUGUGACCAAAUAUCCACUCCUACUCGCCCGCCUCUACAAAGUGACACCGGCGCAUCUCGAAGGACGUGACCAACUAAAGCAGGCCCAAGAGAAAAUCGAAUUGCAUCUUAACCAUAUCAACCAGGAAGCCAAAGAUGUGCCAACCAAACUUUGGCGUCGCAUAUCGUCCUCCAGUCCCAAUCGUCGUGCUUCCAGCGAAAUCGAUAUGAUCAAUAUAAAACUACGGAAAAUGGCCAUCGAUAUACUCGAAUGGAAUCAUGAUGAAGUACGUUUUGCCAUGGAAGGCAAACUGUUGUACACACAACCUACGGAUAGUAAUUGGAAGAAGGCACGCACCAUCAAACUGACGCCAGUUAAUGCAUUACUCGUUACAAAUGGCAAGCCAAGUGCCAAUUACAAGGCAGAAAAAGUUAUGUCAGAUAAACUGAAUUUCCCGAAACACACCGGCAUACGGGAGGCCUCAUUGCUGGUGGUGAAGGAAAAAUGCGGACGUUACACGCUGAUACGUGAGCCAUUGUAUCUGGACAGAUGCGUUGUGUGCAGCGAAGCGGAUUUGGAUGAUUAUUUCGAGGUACAGGAAAUCUCAUCGAAGGACACUUUCAUAUUCAAAGCCGAGGAUGGUGUUCGCACGAAGCAGUGGUACACGCAGUUGCAGUUCCACGCACAGGGUAUGGGCGCCUGGCGCAAGCGACGCAAUGCACUGGCCAACAUCAUGAUCAACGGCAUGUUGGCGCGCAACUAAGCCGAUGGAGUGACAACAAAAAACUCGACUAGCUGCGAUAGCAUUAAGCGAAAACUAUUGUAACUUAAAAUGAACGAGGAAAAAUGUGAUUUUCCAACGAAACGCGAAGCAAAUUUAAUGCUGAAAAACAGUUAUAUGAAAAAUUAUAAAUACAAAAAACUGAGCAAAAACAAAGAACAAAAAUGACAACUCUUAAAAUGUGUUUUAAAAAAAGUUGAUAUGUCGACUUUUUAUUUUUUAGGCAGCGCGCAUGAUUUUUUUUCUGAAAACUCAAUAAUAUUUGCGUAAUGUCUUAUAAAAUAUGUAGACUAAAAGUUAUUAGCUAUUUUAAAUAGAAUGCGCGUUUAGCAUUUCUUUCAUCUCUUGUAGUUUUAGUAGCAAGCCUCGUUAGGUGAUUAUAUUAUAUCUGUUAUACGACAAUAAAUAUGUACAUAU